AUGGCAUCUUCAGUGAAUGCCCGUGGCGGCAUCCAGUCUGCGUCUAGUACGCUCUUCUUUGAGCAAGAAGGCAACAAGGACGGACCUGCAAUCCUGUGUAUCCACGGUCUGGGAGGCACCACCAACUUCUACCAACCGGUAGCCUCUGCGCUUCAGGAUUACAACCUCAUUCGGUUUGACCUCAGCGGCCAUGGGAGAAGUAGCCCUCCGGCGGGGAAGACGAGCAUCGAGUCCUACGUGGAAGAUUGUGAAGCGGUGAUCAAGCAUUUCCACGUCAAAGACCUUACCGUGGCUGGCCACUCUCUGGGCGGUCUCAUUGCUCUCCACCUGGCCGCGAAACGCCCCGAAUUGGUCAGACGGCUCGUUCUGUUCGGUCCGGUGAAGACGCCGCCUGAGGCUGGCCAGAACGGAUUAAAGGCGCGCGCGAAAACAGCCCGCGAGGGAGGAAUGGGGGCCGUCGCAGACACAGUCAUCAGCGGAUCACUGUCCCCCACCACCCUCCAGUCCAGACCUGAAGUCGUCGGAUUCGCGCGGGAGUUGCUGUCCCGACAGCAGCCUGAAGGGUAUGCGCUGGCCUGCGAGGCUCUUGCCAACAGCUCGGACCCGGAGUGGGACAAAAUCAAGGCCGAAGUCCUCAUUGUCGGCGGUGCGGACAACAAAGUAAGCGCAGCGCCGACUCGCGAGGCCAUUGCUGCCAGUUUGAAGGAGGCGAAGAAGGUCGAGCAAGUGACGUGGGAGAACGUUGGUCAUUGGCUUGUAUUAGAGAAUCCGAAGGGAAGUGCAGAGGUGUUGAAGGCGUAG